UUUGACAGGGGCUAAGAGUACUAACAGAAGAGGUAGAAGAGGGAACUUGGGGCUCCCCCAAUUCCCUUCCUCUCACCAGGGGCUCUCUCUCCACACCUCAUUCUCAAAAGGCUUCCUGAGGUAGGGCAGGGGAAGAGAAGUCAGUGGAAGUGUGGCUCACCCAGGAACCACCCACCCUUCCAGCCAAAUCUCCAUCAGGAGGCAGCUACCAGACAACCCCCGACCCAUCUCUUCUUCCCAAAAAAGGCAACAAUCCUUAUCAGCUGAGAACCGGCAGACCUCGGUUCACUCCAGUCCAGAUCAAGGGGAAGAAGCAGUCGGCGAAAGCAGCAGAAUCAUCAUGAACUCCAAGAACACCAGCUAUGCGCCUUCAGCCUGGGAGCCCACUUUGCUGAGUCUCCAGCUCACCUAGGGCUGGACCAGGCCCGGACCUCACUGGAUCUGGCCCUCGGGCCAACCUGGAUGCAAAGGACUGGGACAGGGUCUGGGGUCUUAGAUUCCGGACCAUUCUUCCCAGAUAUUCCAACCCAGACAGAUCCCAAGAGCCAAACCGAGGAUCUUGCCCCCAAGUCAGGGCACUGUCCCCACUGGAACAAGAGGAAGGAGGGGUGCAAGGGAAGAGGAGGGGGGCCAGGAACUCAGCGGGAAGACAGCUACGGGAAUCUUUGAAAAAGAAAUGGCAAGGAGAGAGCCCAGAGGUGGAACCUCUAGAAAGGGGAGAGUGUGUGUGGAGGGGUGAGGAUUUGGGGGGACCCAGGGGAUGACAAGAGGACACAGAGGAGCCGAGGCGGAAACUCCUGGUUUCUGGAGCACAAGGAGCUCACCAUGGCCAAACAGCUGCAGGCCCGAAGGCUGGACGGGAUCGACCACAACCCCUGGGUGGAGUUUGUCAAACUGGCGAGUGAUCAUGACGUCGUGAACUUAGGCCAGGGCUUCCCUGAUUUCCCGCCCCCAGACUUCGCCAUGAAAGCCUUUCAGCACGCAGUGAGCGGAGACUUCAUGCUCAACCAGUACACCAAGGCGUUUGGUUACCCACCACUGACGAAGAUCCUGGCAAGUUUCUUUGGGAAGCUGCUGGGUCAGGAGAUGGACCCGCUUAGGAAUGUGCUGGUGACCGUUGGUGGCUACGGGGCCCUGUUCACAGCCUUCCAGGCGCUGGUGGACGAAGGAGAUGAGGUCAUCAUCAUCGAACCCUUUUUUGACUGCUACGAGCCCAUGACAUUGAUGGCAGGGGGUCGCCCUGUGUUUGUGUCCCUGAAGCCGAGUCCCAGCCAGAACGGAGAACUGGGUUCCAGCAGCAACUGGCAGCUGGACCCCACAGAGCUGGCCAGCAAAUUCACAUCACGCACCAAAGCCCUAGUCCUCAACACCCCCAGCAACCCCAUGGGCAAGGUGUUCUCCAAGGAAGAGCUGGAGCUGGUGGCCAGCCUGUGCCAGCAGCAUGACGUGGUGUGUAUCACUGAUGAAGUCUACCAGUGGCUGGUCUACGAUGGGCACCAGCACAUCAGCAUUGCCAGCCUCCCUGGCAUGUGGGAACGGACCCUGACCAUUGGCAGCGCCGGCAAGACCUUUAGUGCCACUGGCUGGAAGGUGGGCUGGGUCCUGGGUCCAGAUCAUAUCAUGAAGCACCUGCGGACUGUGCACCAGAACUCCAUCUUCCACUGCCCCACACAGAGCCAGGCCGCAGUAGCCAAGAGCUUUGAGCGGGAGCAGCUGCUCUUCAGCCAACCCAGCAGCUACUUCGUGCAGUUCCCGCAGGCCAUGCAACGCUGCCGUGAUCACAUGAUCCGCAGCCUACAGUCGGUGGGCCUGAAGCCUGUCAUCCCCCAGGGCAGCUACUUCCUCGUCACAGACAUCUCAGACUUCAAGAGGAAGAUGCCUGACCUGCCUGGAGCUGUGGAUGAGCCCUAUGACAGCCGCUUCAUCAAGUGGAUGAUCAAGAGCAAGGGCUUGCUGGCCAUCCCUGUCUCCAUCUUCUGUAGUGUGCCACAUAAGAAGCACUUUGACCACUAUAUCCGCUUCUGUUUUGUGAAGGAUGAAGCCACGCUCCAGGCCAUGGAUGAGAAGCUGCGGAAGUGGAAGGCGGAGCUCUAGCCCUGAAGUCAUGCUGUUGGCCCUGACAUCCCCACAUCUCCACAGAGAUGCUCUUUGGGUGUCUGUCUUUGUCCAUGGGCAUGGCUGAAACAUGGACAAAGACAGACACCCAAAUGCCCAGGUUGGGGAAGACAGUAUCGGGAAACCUCUUUAUGACACAUAACGUCCUGGGAGGGAGCCGCCUGUCUUCGUCGUAGGGAACAAGUGCCUCCUGUCUGAGAAGUGAGGGUCAACCCGACCAGGGCCUCUCCCUGCGCCUCCAUAGGUGGGUUCCCUGUAGGGUCUUGGGUUGCUUCUGGACUCUCCAGGCUUGGCUGAGUCCGGAGGGCAGAGUCCCACCAUGUAUUGAUCACAUCGCAGCCCUGCUAACACUCAGGCACAACCUCACCUUUCCUGGCUUAUCUUGGCCUUGGAAGUUGCCUGUAGGCUUGAGUCCUUUUCAUCCAUAAUAAAAUGUUUAAGUUAUUAGAA